AUGGUUGAUAGAGCCCGGUUUUUCUUUGCAGCCAGAGCCGACAGAAAGAAGCAGGAUCAACAAGCGGAGUGGAUCUUAACCCUGAAGAGCGUCCUAUUCACUGCAGAAGGCAGGGAACCUCUCGAGAUCCUCGAUAACGCCACGUUUAAUGUCAACGCCUACCUGACCGAAAGCUUAGGUAGCCUUCGAGACAUGAGCAUCGCUCUCAAACUAGGUCGCGUUCACAUUCCGUAUGACGACCUUGUACUCUCCCUCAACCACUACAAGCGGUGUCGCAACGCGCCGCCAAAGGUAGCUCGACCGGCUAUCCACAAGGAAUCCUCCACAGGGUCUGUCUUCGGCGAUUUCAAGGAGUUCCAAACCGACGAUGAUCUCAUGGAAACCCUUGCCAACUCCAAAGAGUUUAUAACGGCCCUUGUGAAGGGAAUCAAGGAAGUUCAGUUCGCUGUGAGCUUCGUGGGCCUUUCCAAAAAGAUAUACGCUGCCGGCGACCCUCUCCAGUUGACCGCUUCGAUGAAAGAGGUGGGCAUCGAUCUUCAUCGUUUAGACCCAAAAUCUCCUGUCCACCAAAUGUAUUUCCCAUCCCAAGAUGUGGCUCAUGAAGCUUUGGCCGCUGCCCUGUCCGUAUCGAUCGGUCUGGAUGAUGGUCAGGGCAAGCCUGAGAGAAUCCUCUACAUUCCGAUGGCGACAACAACCGUCCGGACGACCCUUCCUUCGAAAACAGUCAAGUUAGCAAAGGAUGGUAGCCCCGAGGAACGCAACGCCAAUAUCCUGUUUGCUAAUUCUGUAGUCACUUCGCCCUCCAUCGACCUUGACCCACGUCAUCUUGCCCUUGUUCUCACUCUCCUACAGUCGAAGCCAAAAGUUCUCGAACGCGUCAGCCGCGAACAUCUAGGAGGCAUGUGCUAA